AUGGCGGCAUAUUAUCCUGACGGCUAUAAAGGUUGCUACGUAGACAAAGAAGACAGAAUACUAGAAGUGAAACUUCCAGAUUCACAAACUAACAGUGGUAACAACUGUAAAUACAGGUGUACGGUGUUUGAAUACCAAUAUGCUGGUACCGAGUUUGCGACGGAAUGUUUCUGUGGAAAUAAACAUAAGGACUAUGAGAAAACACCCGAUUCAGAAUGCAAUAUGACAUGUUCAGGCAAUGUAAAUGAGGAGGGGAAUGAAAUCACUACAGAGCAACAGCUGACAAAUCAAACGACACAACCGACUAGUGCAGGAAAUAGAACGUUCAAUGUAAAAAGUCUUCAAGACCCUGUGGGCUAUAUAGGCUGCUACAAGGAUGACAAAAUGAGUAAUUGGUUAUCUUAUCAAAGAGUUUUACAUACAAAGCUGGAGUAUCCGGAUUUGAACUGUGCUGCUAAAUGUAAAGAGGAAUGUAAGAAAAUGGGAUUCAGAUAUGCUGGCACAGAGAGUGGCGAAGAAUGUUUUUGUGGGAAUGAAAUUAAUCAGAACCCUGACAAAGUCCCUGACACAGAAUGUAACGUCCCAUGCCCUGGACAAAAAGACGAAAAUUGUGGCGGGUACUGGCUUAUAUCCAUAUACGAUACGUCUAAAACAAUGAAAGAUCGAAGUGGGCCCACUACAGUGACAGGAGACGAUUUUGAUCAAGCUACGUCGCGUUUUCCACUUUCACCUGCCGUAACAGUUUCACCAACCCAAGCUGAAGGAACGCAAGGCCUAACGACGCCAACAACAGCUACUGAUGAAAUACCAACAGAAGCUUCUGAUCCAGUAAAAACUGAACUCUACGCCAUCGACGCUUGCAAUACAUAUCAUUUGUCUGAAAGUUACCUGGUGGAGGAAGAAUAA